AUGCAAGCCUCCCCAAGGCGACGACCGCCUGGUUGGGCGUUUGAUUUCUCCCCGACUAGCGCACCAAAUGCCUAUGUAACGCUUGAUACACUUGAUACACUUGAUACUCUACAUUUGUACAGAUUCGCCCACUGGUGGGAAUCGACGCGGCCCGAGAGAGAAGGCGAUGGAAAGGAGGACCGAAAGGAGGCUAUGACGCGGUCGAUUGAAAUUACUGCGGGGAUCGACGACGGCCCAUCAGGCACGGUAACGCUGAUGGGCAUCUCGAAGGGUGCAACUCCGUCUAGCUCUUGA